AUCGUGAUCGCUCCCUCCCCCUUUGCCUUCCCUCUCUUCUCCCCCACUUUCCGUCACCAUGGCCACCUUCGCCCCCAAGUACCCUGUCGUUCAGCCGAACCCCACCUUCCUGGAGACCACCAAGAACAUCCGUGACUCGGACAUCCUGAAGGGUGGCGCCGUUGCCGCCGUCAGCAUGGGCUUCCUCUUCUACCCCACCAGCAUCCGCUCGGUCAUCCCCGCCAACCGCCCGGCCGUCAUCGCCCUCUCGACGUUCCUGUGCGCCGUCGGUGGCUUCUCCGUUGCCUACUUCGAGUCUUCCUUCCGCCUUAUGGGUCUGAAGCUCAACGACCUGGAGGUUGCCCAGCAUGGCGUCUACAACGCCGCGGCCGAGCGCAUGAAGUGAGGCUGCAUGCCGAAUGCGCCCCCCUUGCUCCCUCCCCUUUUCGUGAUUUGGCCCCCCGCCACCACGAUGCCCCUCACAUAUGUCCCCCUCCCUCCCCUCCUGCCAAUUGUACUAUUUCCCCCUCCCCGCCCUCGGGAUCGCCAGCCUUGAUCGUGGCAGGCGCGUCAACUUUGCCGCCCUCUCUCCCCUCUGCCCCCUCACACCAAUAGAAAUGUUUGGAAUGCCUCUCUCUCCCCCCCCCCUCCCCCUCCUCCCCUCUGCCAGGCCAUGCUCUGACCACAUGGACGCCCCUGCGCAGGGACCACCACGAGAGGUGUGUGAGCAUCUCUCGGGAUGCCGGUCCGGGUACCUUGCCCUUGGGGGGGGGGUGGGG